AUGCGCAGUAUAUUCUACGUGGCUCUUGCCUUUGCGAUUUUGUGUCGCAGCAGCGCUUCUGCAGCGCUCCCGAAUCUUGACGAGACCCGGCUCUUAUCAGACACUUCUGCCAAAAGAUCCCUUCGGGUCGCAGGCAAAGAAGUCGCCCGGGGCGGCCGGGGCGAAGAUGUUGUGAGAGUCAUAGUCCAGAGUAGUAACAAAAUCUUCAAGAGGCCGGCGGAUAAAGACAUAAGCAAACUGAUUGCGGCGGCUAAGAAGGCGAAGCUGGAGAAAAUGAAAGAGAAGCCCUCAAGCGUCGUUAAGGAGGUGACGAAGUAG